CUUAUAAUCAAUCAUACCGCUGUUCAAGGGCUAAAAAAAAUAAACCCAAAAAGAGCACAGGCUUCAUGUUCAAUAGCGAGAAACUUGGGGUGGGCAAACCAGAAGAUUGUAGUUGGCAACUGGCAGGUUUUCAGAGGCCAGCUUCCCAGGCAGGUUGGGGUGAACCAGUUGAUUUCUUUCUCCCUCUCUUUCUUCUCCCCCUUGCUCCCCCCACAAAAUGCACUCUUGAACCAGAGGCGGGCUGGGCUGUCCCUAAAGCUCUGCUUCUGGCGUUCACACGCAGAACAAGCACAGUGUCACCCUGGUGCAGCUGGAAAAGGGGAGAUGUGGCAACCCCACCAGUGGGUUGUGGACGCUGCAGGGAGCUGGUGGGCAAAGCUCCUUGGGCUGCGUAAGCUGAAAUCCAGAUAACUUGGCCUUUCCCUCCCAUACUAUAUAUCUUAUACCUGGGCAGUCUAUAGGUGUUGCCGACAAACAAACCCCUGCCUUCCCCCAGCCCCAUCAUCCCCAGCCACGUGGCCUUUGUUGCAAGCCCUGGGUCUCCCCUAGCAAGAGCUGGGGGAGGGUUGACUUCAAACUCCACUAAACAGUAGAGGCACAAUGCAAACAAAUGUGUUGCAGCACGCAGCUAUGCAAAUAGCUUUAGAGCACAGCACGUUUUCGCCAGCGUUAAUUGCUGCACUGCUGGGGUUGCAUAGCAACAGCUCGGUUUGUGUCUCUGACAGCUCCUGCCCCUUGAUGCCUCUGACACCUUCUUCAGCAGGCGGGGAAGGAGAAGAGAACAGGGCUGCCCUGGGAGAGCUAGAAGGGCCAGGAGGUAGCAAGGAGCUCAGGUGAUAAGAUUUGCUUAGGAUGCUGGGACGUCUUCUGGCAUGGGGUGACACAUGCAGCAGGCCUGGAUUGGGGGCACUGUGGCACAGGAGCAGAGGAUCCCCUGCAGCCACAGCCUUGUGUAGACAGAUUUUGAGUUGGUGGCCAGAAAGGGCAGACUUGCCAUCUCCCGUGCUCUGCAGGAAAGCGCCCUGGCAGGUGGGUUGUCUCUCUCACUGCAGUGAAUCCUUCUGGGUACCCCAUACGGGCUUGUGGCUGCACUUGCAGCUUGGCUCUAGGCAUAGAAGGUCCCUGGUAAAUCACCUCUCCCCAGCCAUGGAGCUGCAGGAGGCUUGUGGCUCCUCUGGCGCUUGAGAGAGUUGACCUUGCUCAUGCACACCCAAAGCUAAGACAAGGCCUCUGGGAAGGGGUGAGCAUGGGCACAGGGGAGAGGCUGCAGACGGUAUGGGAUGCCCCGGGUUCCCUUGCUCGUCUGAUGAGCCCAGCUGCUUCUGCUUCUCCCAAAAGGCAGGCUCUUCAGCGACAGGGGUGACUGUCUCCGGAGAGCAAUUCUUCCUCCUGUUUAAAACCACGUUCCCCGUUCCCAUCCUCUGUGUUCACCAGUCAGUCUUCAGCUCCUGCUGUGCCUUUGCCAGCAGGGUUGAGCAACCUGUUGGUAGCUGGUACCUUCCCCUGGGAAGGCACUUCAGCUCUGCAAUCAGCUCACCUCUCCUCUCUGAUAAGCCACAUAAAUAGUUUCUCUGCAGCAGUUGACACAAACCAUAAGCAACCCCGCCUGAAGCCAUGGGGCACUUGAAAUAAACUCUUUUAUUAUACUUGAGCAUGAAACAAGCUCUUCUCUGAAACUGCCUUAAGUAGUGAGGACCCAGGCAAUCCUGCAUCCAUCAGCCACCGGGCAAGAGAAUGGCCAUGGGCAUGUUUUGUUUAGUACUAAUAGCUUAGACAGACGGGAAUGGUGGGAAAUGCUGUUCAGGUACCACGGUGAGCAGAUAACUGGGUCCCAGGGAGCACAGAGCUGUGUCUGGGAGGUGUGGGGAUGGAGAGGCACAGGCUGCGGCUCAGCACCCCGGGGCAUGGGGAGAGGAAGGACCGAGGUGGGAUCCAGCCAUGCUCAGAGCUUGACUGCAGAUGCCAGGGAGAGCUGUGCCUCGGGGUUACCCUUUGAAACCGAGAAAAAGGGGAUAUUGCCUGCAGGACCCAAAUGGGGAUGGGCUGGAGAAGGAACAGGUGAGCUCAAGGUGAGAAGUUGCAGCCUUUGAGCCAAAGUGAUGUGGAAGCAGAAGACCUUGAGUGCAGUGUGCCAACAGAAGAAGGUGAACUGUGUCACUGAGCAUGAGAUGGGUCUUCUAAGGACAAAGGGCAUCAAGGCUGAAUGGAUUUAUUUCCUUUAUCAAGCAGGAAAAAGAUUUCUCUCUGUUUUUUAAAUUUACAGCUUGACAAGCUGUGUGUAUCUCAUAUUGACUCCUUGGAGUACAGUGGGGCAAAUAAGGUGAAAAUGAGCACUGUAGCCUCAGAUAAACUUCAGAGGAAGAAACUAGUCAAAGGCAAGGCAGAAGUGCCGCCAGGAGCCUUAAGUACGAGGGAUCCCAGGUCCCCUCUGCCAUACAAGCAGGACAUGAGUCUUUUCCAGCCCUGUGCACCCAUGCAAAGUAGGCAUGACCUGCGGCCAGCUGUGUUCAGCAUCCUUACUGCAAGGUGAGGAAGGACUGUGGCCAAGCACUUUGGUCUCUUCUCACAAAUCAGGGACUCCAUACACAGACCCACAAUCUCCUCCCUCACCCAGCCUGUAGCUUACCUCUUCCUCCCCAUCACCCACCGCGUUGCCCGUGCCACGGGCUCUUCCUUCGCAGCUGUGUGUGUGUGGCACCCAAAAGUGCCCUGGCAAGGAGGGGCUCGGCUGUUUUGGCACCAUAACCUUGCUGAGGUUGCCCUGGGGAGUGUGGCAGCGGAGUGGGCCGGGGCAGGGCCACACCUCUGCUGCCGCCCGUAUAAAUUCAGGCUGGCUGAGGAAAGAUGGCUGCUGCUCUUAGGAGCUGCUCUGACGAGCAGUGAGGAUGCAGCAGAGGCCUUAGCAAUAGACUCUAACAAUCAGCCGAAGUCUCCACUGGAGAAGUUUAUGGUCAGACUGUGUACACAUCACCAGAAGCAAUUCAUUCGUGUGCUAAACGACAUAUACACUGAAGUACAACCAGACUCUGAAGGCCAGCAGUUGUCUGAAUCCGAGAGCAUGGAGGCAUCUACUUGUGGCUCUGGUUGUAGCCAACGAAGCACUGAAAAUCAGGAUAAGGGUGCUACUUGUACUGAAUCAAAGCCCCUUUCUUCCUCGGACCCAGGACAGUCGGGGUCCGAUGGCCUCCUGCAUGUUAUGGGACAAGGCCCAAAGCAGCCGGUGGAGCUGAAGUCUCUGGACAGAGCAGAGAGCUCCAGUCCUGCUUUGAGAAGGGACUUGUCUGAGUUCCCCAUGACCAGGCUUCGUUCUGCUAGUCCAAAGGAUAGUUCCACCCAAGGAUACCUCAGCACAUUGAAUUCUUCCUCUUUGAAUUUCCAUCAUGCUGCAAAGAGCCUGGAAGGGCAGCAAGCUGCUGGACACGAGCAAGAAGCUGGUGUCAGAAAGUGUGAGGACAAUAAAGAGCAGCUAGCAGGUAAGACUCUUGUGGAAGGUUAUAUCUCGGUCAAAGUGGCAAACGUGAACAGCAGCGAGGACAGCUUAGACAGCUGUCUGGGGCCCCAAAAGAGCUCUUUCAGAGCUCUGCCAGAAGAGUCCUGGGAUCCUGGCUUUGCAGUGACCCCCCCUCGCAGAGCUGACAAAGAGAACACUUUGCAAUGCAGCUCAAAAGCAUCCUUGCACCAGGACUUAGACGCAAAAGAACAAGAUGCGAGACCAAAGCAAGAAAACCACCUGCAUGCCGUGGCCAAGGGCAAGGCAGGCUGCCCCCUGCUUCCGGCCGACAAGGGCCCGCUGGACAAGUCCAAAGAGGGCUGGCUGCCCACCGGCACCACGCCAACCACCCACCGGACCCCCGGCGGGCACCCCCGCGCCAAGGCAGCCACCCUCCGAUCCACUCGGAAGAGCAAGAAGGCGUCAGGGCUGAGGAUCAAUGACUACGACAACCAGUGUGACGUGGUCUACAUCAGCCAGCCCAUCACCGAGUGCCAUUUCGAGAGCCAGCGGUCGGUAUCAUCCCGCAAGACAGCGAGGAAGAGCACCCGGGGUUACUACUUCAACGGGGAGUGCUGCGAGCUCCCCACCGUCCGCACGCUGGUGAAGAGCUCCCGGGGAGAGGAGCUGGCCCUGCGAACAGAGACCCUCCUCAGUGCUAAGCCGCCCCUGGUGCUCUCAGUGGGGGGGUCUGCAGGAGCAGGACGGGAAGGUGAGAAAAGGGUUUCCCUGAGGCUUCUGGCCAAAGGGGCACCAACUGGCCGAGAAACGAGAGAGAGAGCUGAGGUGGGCACUGUGCAGCCCCGGGAUACCCGGGCGCUGCGGUCAAGGGAAGCUGCCAUGGCUGUGCCCUUCUUCUCCCUCUCUGCUCCACCCAGCCCGCAAAAAGAGGACAGCUCGACCGGCUUGCUGCCCCCUGGCUCCCCUGCUGCUGAAGCAGGGAGUACGAGAGUGGGAGGCACUGUUCCUGAGGAGGGUGGCAGCAGCCAGGGCUCCUCCAAGGACAGCAGCAGCAGUGGGCAGGCUGCCGAUAUUGCUGCGCUUCCCAUCUCAGAAGCACCUGGUGAGGAGGAAGGUUGCUCAGGCUGUGAUGUACAAACUGAUCCAGACCUUCCCACCAGCCCGGAGCCAAAGGCCUCCUCACACCCCCCUGCCACUGCGGACACGGCACUCCUGGCCCCUGAUGGUGCUGGCGAUCCUGUCCAGCCUACAGGUGCGGGAGACACAGAGCCCUGCGGGCCAUGCCCGGCAGAGCCCUCCCCAUGCUCUCCAGAUCAGCAGGCUCCUGAUGAGUCACCUGCCACCACGGACAGGGAGAGCCCCCCAGAGCCACCUGCCGCCUUGCAGCUCAUGGAUGUGAACAAAAGCAUCGAUGCUGAACCAGAAGCUGAAUUAUUGGGCGUGGCAGAUGAGCAAGAGGAGGCUGUGCCAGCCAGCCCAGCCCUCCCUGAAAUCUCAGAAGGGGAGACAGUGCAGAAUAGCAGCCCAGCAGGUGAAAAAGAGCCUGUUGAAGGGGAAAUGCCACCUGGACACCACAGCUCAGAUGCUGCAGGGAAAGACUCCACCUCUUCCAAAGACAGUCUAGACAAGAAACGAAAGAAAGGCAGGAGAGUUCUCGUGGCAUCGGACCGCCGUCUCCGAAGCCAGCAAUCCCAGUCACCUGCCGAGGGCAAUGCUGAGGAUGCUCGUUCUUCCAGCUCUGUGCAGCUUCCUUGCCUGCAGAUCAAAUUUUCCAAGACCUCUGGUGCUAAGCGGUUCAAGAGAGAAGUGCAGCUGGAUGGGGCAGCAUCCGUGCACUUCCCAAACGACUGCUUCCCCAAUGUGCUGCUCAAAUCCAGCAAGGGGCCAGACACCAGCCGGGCACCAGAGAGCAUCGCUGAGCAGCAGCCAGGCGAGGAGAAUGGGGUCACUACCAGACAAACCCAUAAAAGCAUCUUAGCGGAAGAAACUGCAGCAGAGGGAGAAAAUUCCUCUAAAGACGACCCCCCUGCUAAUGGCACCCAAAGUCAGCUGGGUGAGAUGCUAGAAAUCUGCAUCAAGGCUGAUUCUGAGAAGCAAAGCAUUCUCCUCCCUCUGGAGACCAGCGUACUUGCAAAUGAUGCUGGGCAAGUGGAUGUGAAACCAGCCGAUGGCAGUGCAAAAGAUGAGAAGGGCUCUGACAUGGGCAAGCUGGAGAACUCCGAGCCGGUGGCCAAUUCACCUCCAUGUCCCAGCAGCAGAGGAGGAAGCAAGCAUCUUCCAGCAAAGGCUGCGAAGCAUAAAAAGGUUGCCCUGCAGUUUUAUAACUUAAGACACGCACCUGCACCUGUAGACACUGCAAAAAAGAGCACACAAGGGAAGGAGUCUAUGCAAGCAAUCCCCAAACUGAGGGAUGAAUACAGUUCAGGGAAAGACAACUCCCCAGCAUUGGAGGACAUGGACAUGGCUGACAGCAAACCAAAGUUCGUGGAGUGGUGUGCUGAAGAGGACACGCAGGAGCUCAUUGCUGAGUUCAAUGCCCAGUACAUGAAAGUUCAGAAGGGCUGGAUUCAGCUGGAGAAGGAGGUGCAGCCAGCCCCCAAGGUAAAGAACAAAGCCGACAAGCUGAAAGAGAUUUGGAAAAGCAAGAAAAGGACACGGAAAAGUAGAGGGUCGCUAGAAGUGCAAAAGCUUUCUCCUGUCCAGAUGCUGUUUAUGAAGGCCUUUAAGCUGUCUGACAUCUGCCAGUGGUUUAUGGAGACAACUGAAACCAGGUCUCUAGUGAUCGUGAAGAAACUCAACACCCGCCUCCCGGGGGAGAUCCCCCCCAUCAAAGUCCCCAUGCAGAAAUACUCCUCCUCCAGUCUUUAUCCCAGCUCACUGCAAGCCGAACGUUUGAAAAAACACCUCAAAAAGUUUGCUGCCACUACCCCGGCUCGGAAUAACCUGAAGAACCAAAAGCUUUGGGCCAAAAUUCGGGAGAAUGCUGAUAAAGUGGAGGCUGAAGAAGCCACCGCUCCCAGCCAGAUGUCUCCAGUUGACACCAGCACCGAGGACUUGAGUGAAGACAAAACCAUCCAGCCUGCCCCCAGCUUGCCCACACAGGCCAGCACCAGGAUCCUGCGCAAGUACUCCAACCUACGGGGCAAGCUGCGAGCCCAGCACCGCCUGGUGAAGGCGGAGAAGAAGAGCGAUGGCUCAGGGGACCACCCACCCCUGGAGAGCAAGCAGAACCGGAAGAGCGUGUGCAUCAACCCACUGAUGUCUCCAAAAUUGGCCUUGCAGAUCAAAGCAGAUGCCUUUCCGGCAAAGUCUCUGUCAGUGGAUGGGAUGGGAAAGGGCCGGAAGGGGAAGGGCAGGUCCCAGGAGGACCCCUCGCCCAAAGCUGACCUCCAGCUCAGCAGGAAGAAGAGGACGCUGAAGGAGAGCGGGAGCACCCAGGAGCGGUCUGGCUGCUCCACCAAGGACAAGCUGCCUGCCAAGAAGGCCAGUAAAAUAAAGCAUUCAGAGGUCAGCACGAAAGCUCCUGCCACCCGAAAGCAGGCUGUCACGGAAAGGAGCAAUAAACUGUCUAGAAAAAUGUCUUUGAAAGAGAAGAGAGCCCCGAAAAGGCAGCUGGAGAAGCUGCGGCUCCCCACACGAAAGGGCAAGGAGAACACGAGCAGACGGGCCGUGCUGGCCCUCAGCCACGACGAGCUGGCCACGUCCCCGAAGCAGAAGCCCCUGGGGGAGUCCUCCACACGGUCGCAAAAGAUGGCCAACAAGAAACCCAGCGGUGGGAAGACCCUGACAAGGUCCAUGAAGAAGAUGCAGGAGAGCAACGGGUCUCAGGGCAAGAGGAAGCUGAGGGCGAAAGUGGACUGUUCGCACAGCAAGCGCUCGCGCCUGGACCCGAAAUAGCAAAGAACCGGUAGCCAUGUACAAAACUGAUGUAUAGUAGUAACCCUUUACCAUGCAUUAACUAAAGCUGCUUUUAUAAGCUGUAGCAAGCCUUUAAAAAUCCGCAGUUUUAAAGGAUAACGCUCGUGAUUUUAGGCAUCGGCAGAUGUGUCUUGGACAGAGAAGAGGUCGGGCUGUCUGGCUCUGCUGUCUAGAAGGAAGUUUCUGCAGCUGGAAAGUUCCUUGGGUUUUUUUAAACUUGGAACCAGGCAGUUUUAGUUAAAAGUACAGUGCCUUAUUUAUCACUUUAAAAAUAAAAAUAAGAAGCUCGUCUGUGUGAUUUGGAGGCUUGCGUUUUAUACUUGAGGCACAAGCACUUGUACUGUAGCAGAAAGAAAACCACCUUCGUGCACAUGAAGUAGCUUUCGGCAGCCUUUGGGUGCACGCAAACAUUUCCCUUUCCUUCAGAGUCCUCCUUCUGUCUGUCUUCUUAGUGGCAUUUAAAGCAAAACCAAAACCAUUUCCCAUCAGUGAGGGAGAGAAAGGCAAAUCUGUCUUUUGUCGGUUCGUUAGUAGCAGCUGCUGGUGUCCCAUACCGUUACCUGCACAAAAGUGUUAAUUAGCUACUGGUGUGUGUACUGCUGAUGGGGGGCUGUCCUGCUCCUCAGUUGCACAGCCCAAGGGGUGGGGAGGUCCCGCUCAGGCAGAGGUGAUGCUGCAGGUACCAGGCUGCUGCAUCCACUGCUGUCGGGCGGGCACACUGGGCUGUAUCUGUCUUUCUUUCUUGCUGGCUUCAGGGAUUAAUUGGUCCUGCCGUACCCUGCUUUUGGACAGACCUCCUGCUCCCAUUUUGCUGCGCUCAUGGUGAUUUCUGUGGUCUCUGAUGGCAAAGCAGUUUCCACAGCGCUUCGCUGAAGGCUGAAUCUCUCCUUUUUUACAGGCUCGAGCUUCUGAUGUUGGUGCUCUGCAGCAGGAGAGCCCUGGCCGUUGCCCUGUGCUCUUGUACAUGAUGUCUUGCCUGGCACCCUCCUAAGCCAGGAUUUGCAGUUGGAAUAGGGUUAAGAGAAGGGACUGAGUUAAGUUUAUUUUUUUACUGUAAUUUGCAUUUUGUCCUUUUACUAGCAGGUUGCGGUUGGUUUGUCCCUGCUUGUGCAUGGUGCUGUGGAGUCUGAAAGUGGCCAAGCCUCUGCCCUGUCCUGCACGAGCCCUUUGCAGGGCUCCUCUGCAAGCCCCUGUGGCACAUUUAAAAGCCAGCUGGGGGUCUGCAGUGGCAGAACAGGAUCAUAGUGCCCAGCAACUCUGAGAAAACCCUGUUAGAGGGGCAGAGAGCAGGUGGCUGUGCUGGCUCUGCUGGGCAGGGAUGCUUGUUGGCUGAGAAGGGACUGUUGGGUCUGUGCUUGGGGAUGGGACUCUCCUCAGCCAUUGCACCUCCAUGAUUUCACUUUCGUGUCACUGCACAAAGUCUGUGUGCGUGAAUCCUGAUGGUGCAGAAAGCACCGGUGCCCAAGAGGGCACUGUGUGGGCUCUGCGGUCACCCAGCCUUUAACAGCCACUUGCUGGUCUUUGCUCAGCUCCUUGUCCCUGCUCAGGGCCAGGCUGCCGGCCAGGCCACUGUUGGAGAGAUGCCUGCCUGGGGGCAGAGGCUCGAGAGGGCUCCACUGCAAUAGGAAUUGCUUUUCGUGGUUGGCAUUGAACCCCAGAUCCCAAAACCUGUGGACUGAAGGUGGAAAGCAGAUAAUUGUCUUUAAAUCUUUCAUUGUACCUAUUUAGUAUAAAGGAUGAAAGAAGGCGGCUGAGGUUUGCACGCCCUUCACAGAGCACCUCUGGCUCUCUUGCAGGUAUUCCCUUCCCCCAGCGCUGACGCACAUGAGGCUGCAGCACAUUUUUCUCUUACUAUGAAAUGGCUGAUUUAAAAAAGAAAAAUUCUUUACCUUUCCUUUGAAUCAUGCUAGAAUAAGUUAACUCUCUGAACAGCUAGGAAGUGAUUAAAUCUAGCCUGUCAGUCCCUGUACAGAUUAAUAUGAAGUUAUCUAUUACUUUAAUUUUUACUGCAUGCAUUAAAUAUGUCAAACAUUCCAUCAGAAAAGAUUUAAAAGCAUUUCAGGAGAGGUGUGAGGCAGGAGGCCACUGAUGGCAAUUAAAUGACUGAGCUGUACCUUUCCUACAGGUUGUCUUUCCCUGUUGUUUCUCCACCCAUACUUUCGGUCCCCCCUCCUUCCUCUGGGCUGGAGCUCCUGAUGCUGCUCCCCAGCAGCCAGCCUCCUUUUUCCCAUCCUUCCCAGCUUCACCAGUCCUUCACCAUCGCUCCUGCAGCACGUGUGGGGCACCAGGUGCUCCUUGGGGCUUUUUCUCUCCCUUUCUCUCUAAUUUUUUAGCUGCUGGUAAAUGCAGGCUGCUCUGCUCUCCAUCUUCUCCGCUUCUGGGAGUGGGAACCUAAUUAGGAUAAAAACCUAGACAAAGCAAGUGGAGACAGGCUUUCUGUUUGGAGUGUGGCUGCUCCAGCCUCCUGCCUGUCUUCCCGUGCCCUGGGGCUCCUCCAGCACCUGUUGGCCCAUCGUGGCAAGGGUGGGAGACAGUGGGCACCACACUGGUGUGGGAGAGGAGCAUCUGUUCCAGUUCGGUGUGCGCUGCUUGGCUUAGGUGGUUCCUGGCAGUGUCCCUGCCAGCUCCGGAGAGCAAUGGCCGGGACCCGUCAUGAGGAGGAAUCAGAGAUGCUUAAAGGGCAACUGCGUUCCUCCCACCCCUUUGAAUUCCCGGGAUCAGCCUGUAGCUUUCUGCCAAACUGCUGUGUUUCAGCUUGGUUGGAUGGAGAUCCCCUGUGCUGAAGGCAGGUCUCCGUGGGACUGAGCCCUGUCAGCAGAUGCUGUAGGAGUCGCAGGGCUUUGGGAAGGAUUGAGGUGGUCUUGGCCACUCUGGGCAGUGUGCAGGCAACGUGGCCUGAGGCACAAAGUGCUUGCAGGUUGUCCCAGGCUCCCAUCACCUUCAGCCAGCAGCUGUGUUCCUCCUGGGGGGAUGCCAGGGGUGUUCAGCAAUCCCUGGCUUUCCCACAUCAGCUCCAGUGUGCUCUGUGCAAAGAGUAACACUCGUGAAAUCUGUGCAAGGAGCCUACUGACUUUUAAUGGGAGCUGGGCAGUGCCUCAUAGAUGUACAUCUGAAUUUCUGCUCCCUUUAAUGAGAAAAGGUAGAAGGUGUGCUUUGUGUCAGGAUGGGGCUGAAACAAGAGGUCUAAGCUUGGCUGUUAUUCUUAUCUUUGGAAAGGAAAUGAAGAGAAAGCAAAUAAUUCUGAGGUUUUUUUUCAAAGAGAACCAUUUUUAAAUACAAUUGCCUCAGACUACUGCCUGAGAGCAGCCCAGACCGGGUGUGUGCUGCAUUGUCCCUUGUGGGCGCUUGGCCCCGGUGGGCAGAUAAGCAGCACUGUGGGCAUCUGCAGGGACAGGGAGCAGGGGCUCGCAGGAGGUACCGAGGUGGGGGUGACUUGAUCUGGGGUCUUGUCAGCAGGGGCCCCUCCCAGCUCCCUGCUCAGAGCUGCUCUGCUCCCCACCUUCUCUUUUUCUCCCAACAACUCCCCUUUAUUUUAAAAUUACAGUUUUGAAGCAGAACCGGAAUGAUUCGUCUCUCCAUCGUGCUGCUUGCGAGGAGCCAGCAGGAACAUUUCCUCCCACAGCUGCUGCUCUGGGUGGUGGGUUUAGUUCAUGCAGGUGGUUUUUACAGAGAGGAGGCUUGUUUGUCAAGGGAUGGGUAGGGUGAAGCCAUCACCUGUGGCUGAGUUAUUGCAGGGAGCACUUGGGGCAUGCCCUCGCCAGCCCACUUCCCGGUGGGCAUAUUGGUGCUUUAUUAUAAAUUCUCUGAAUUUCAGAUUUGUGCAGUCCUUUGGAUUGCCCCAGGGGUGAGGUAGAGCAGGGAUGGUCAUCCUGUCUAGAAAAGCAUUAGGAGUUUCUGCUCUGAGGAAACCCCCAGCUCCUUGCCGGGCUGCUUUCCCUGCUCUCACUGCUCUGGGAGAUGCUGUUUGUGGCCCCUUGGCCUCCCCUGUGUGCAUUCUCCACUUGACACCAGUAGUGGCUGCCAGGUCUUGCAGACUACCAGACCUGCUUUUGAUGUGCUUCACACUUACUUUUGUGAGAGCUUUACUUUGGGGCAGGAAGGAGGGAUGCUGUAAUUUGCUAAUUAAUUAAAGGGUCUGCAUGUGAGGUGCAGGGUGGCGUUUUCUGGGUAGCUCUGUUUUCUUUAUCAGUGCUCAGAUGUUUUAAUUUUUUCCUUUUCUUUUUUUCCUAAUCAGUCCUCAUGUUGCAUUACUCCCUUCCCAAUUUACUUCUCAAUUUCCCCUCUCCAUGCAGCCAUGUUUCAGCUAGAAGAGUACACAAGAGACACAGAAAUAUGUAGAGGUAAUAGCAUAUAUAACCUGUUGCUCUUUGUUAUUGACUUGGGACAUACACUGCUUGUUUCUGUUUGUUCUGCAGCGAGUCAGCGGUGAGGUGUGCUGCUGGGGCACGGCCCCUGCUUCAGAGCAGCCUGUUUGCAGUAAAUGCAGCUUCUACGCAAUGCAAGGGAUGCACAGGGAGCUGCAGCUGAUCUUAAUUAAUGGAAGGAAAUCAGCAACAUGCUUUAUUGCCUUGUUCCACAGGGCCAUCAGAGCGUUUCUGCUUGCUGUGGUGCACUGCUGCCCACUGGCACUACCACAGUGCCAUCGUCAGCUCUGCAGCCUCAUUGCGCUCCUCCUCUUCCUCCUUCUCCUCUUCCUCAGCCAACCCACAGCUCCCUGCUCUGCAUCCUCAGCCCCCAUUUCAGCACAAGUGCUGUGUCCCUCAUAACAGUCCUCUCAUUUUGCUGUUACUUUGGCUUUCCUUGCUGGCCACUUUCUCAUCCUAUUCUUGAAACUGUAAUAGUCUCCAUCCCAGCUCCUGUGGUCCAUCUACAAGGAGCAGCAUCUUUUAGCUCUGCACCUCCACAGAUGUCCUCACUGUCCCUUUGCUGCCAGACCUCCUCCCCUCAUUUGCAUGGUUACCUUUUCCUCUCUCACCUUGUCAUUGGCAGCUCAGGGUCUUCUCGUGAUCAGGAACCAUCCAUCUUAUCUGACCUCCAGGAGGGGCUGGGUUUGCUGAGCUCAGAGUCAAAGUUUAUCUGUCUGGGGGUUGAGGGCUACAGCAAGAGCAACUGGAGCCCAGGAUGGCUCCUUCUAUCUGCAGCUGUUUGGUUCUUGCCUAGCAAUGCGUGCCCUGGAAUGGGUGUCUCAGCUGAUGGGAUGUGUGCAGUAUAUCCAAGGUGUGCAUGUGUUUGUAUUCAUCACUAAUAAUUCAUCACUGAUGAGGUACUUGCUUGUGUUUGCUGUGUGUUGUGGUCUUUCAGUGUUCAGUUGCCCACAUAUCAGUGAGACGCAUUUGAGGAAACGUCCUCCAAAGCGCUGGGUCGCUGGUGCUGACGCUUCCAGCUGCAUUGCUGAUCAUCCUUCAUGAGCUGGGACAGUGAGAUGAUCUAAGUCUCCACUGCUCUCUGUGCCCCCGGCCCAGGAGGGAUGGGGAGAGCCGUGCGGUGCUGGACCUAGUGGGCUGACAAGCAUCUGGAGCUGCUUUGUGCUGGUGUGUGGAUGAGCAAAGCUGCAGCCCAGCCCGUGUCCCAGCCACUUGCACAGCACCUUUGGAAAUGCUGAUGUUUCUGAAAGCUCUGCUAGCCCCUUGUAACCUCCCGGGAAACAGACACGCAAUCUCAGAAGGACACAGAUGUACUGCUGUCCUGCUUUUAAGAAUUGUUGAUGGACAGUUUCUCCCUCCAGCCUGUAUUCUUUCAGCCUGACAACUGCAUUCCCCGUUGAAGGCGACUGGGAAGGCUGCGGUGCUCAGCCUCCCAUGGGCACCGGCAGUGCCUGGGGCAGCAGGGAGCUAUGGGCUGUUGUCUGUCUGGCACGGGCUCUCGCCUUUGCACCGUCGGUUGUUGCACCAGGGGAAGAGGGCUGAGCCCCAGCCACGGCAUCCUGGGGUCUGCAUCCUUGGGCUGUGUGCCUGGACGGCCCGGGAGCGAGGUGGGGGGAGGCUCCCCCCUGCCAGGGAAUGCCACUGCAGCUUUUCUUGUAGCAGUAGGUGUUUUUGAGCAAACCACAAGGCUACGACGUCCCCACAUCACCCGUGUUUCCCCCCAACCCCAUGUAUCGUAGCAUCCAUUCAGCCCAUCCUUUAGCUUGGUGGUUGUGAAAUGAAUCCAUCUGUUCUAAGAUGUUCUCAGGAGUUCUUGUUUGUAUUAAGCUCACCCCUAGGCUUAGCAGAAAUCACGGUCCCCAUCCCUCCUCCUCCCCUCCCUGUGGACAAGCCCUUUCUUUCACGAGCACUUCCACCCCCUCCCUGAAGGAUGGCGGGGGGCAGCUGGCAGUUUUGAUUCAGGGCAGGUUGGCAGCUUGGGGGCAGCCGGAGGAGCUGGGAUGCAGCCGGCCGGUGUUUGCGGCGUGGCGUGGGUCCAGAGGCCAGGCCGGCCAGUCCCUUGGGAUAUGUUGCUAACUAAUGUUUUCUAAGUCUGUUUGUAAGAAUACCUAAUUUUAAAAUGAAAUGUGAAUAUAUAUUAUGUGUAGGUGCCAUGUAAGAUAGUGUUGUGCUAGGCGGCAGGAUGCUAACCUACUUUUUAAGCUUUUUGGGGCAGGAAAAAGCAUCUUUUCUCUCAAUUCAUGCUCACAGAUCUAAUAUUGUAAAUAGUCUUUUUUUAAUAUUUAUUUCAUGGGCUUUCCACAGAUUCUUGUUCUGACUGGUAUGUCGGUUGGUGGGACUGUAUCACCCCAGCGUGCCGCAACCAAAGGGCUGGCUAUGGCGUGGGGGGACGGGAUGGGAAUGGGGUGGGGGGCGGUGGUGGUGUUUGGUUUUUUUAUGUCAUGUCAAAGUUGAAGCAUUAACUCAUCUCAUUGUGAUGAUGUCAGACCUGGUCAAUGGCCAUGGUCCCCAGGGGGACAGUGAUCUCCCGUGGCCAAUGGGACGGCCAUUCCCCAGGAGGGAGGCACUGCAAGCAAUAAGAUUUGUAGUAAUAAUGCCUGCUUUGAUGGCAGGGGCUCUUGGGCUCAGGGCCAGCUGGAAAUGACCCCACUCCCGGCAGGGGCUUGGUCCAGCGUGGGAUUGGGGGGUCUCUUGACCUGGGGAUGCCUAAGGAGGUGUCCCCAGGGAUGUGGGAAGUGGGAGUUGCUGUGACCCCCAGGGAAUCCCCGCUAAAGCGGCCAGGGUAGGGUAGGUUGUUACUGAUAGCAAACUCCCACUAGUGAAUUACUGCAGCGAGCAGCUGCCUUUCGGGGCUCCUGCGCGUCCUGCGGGUCUGGGUGACCCCCGGGACAGCGCCACAGUCGCCCUUAAAACCCCAGUGCUGGUUCCAGAAGGUCGUUUGCUUACUUGCUGUUCUGCAAUUUCUAUUCUUCUUCCAGGGGGUUUGAGGUAAUUUGGUCGUUCUUUUUUUCCUAGGUGUUUGUUUUUUUCUUCUGUGGUUUUGUUUGUUUGUCUGUUUCUAUUGUGUGUGUGUCUUUUUGUGGGGUGUUUUUACGCCUUUUUUGCUGGAAGUGUUUGCUGGCUGUGCCCCCCACCCUGGCUGUCUGUGUGGGGCAGUGUCAGCAGGAUCAUUGCUGCUUUUAUGGUGAUGGGUCCCCAAUUUUGGAGGCUGGAGCAGGGAGUGCUGCUGGGUCCUGGCCCCACAGGACCCCUUGCCAGCCCCAUGCUUCCCUCACCCUUGGAACAGGUGUGUUUAAAAAAAAAAAAAAAAAAAAGAAAAAAAAAGAAAAAAAAAAAAAAGAAAAAAGAGACAGAAAAGGGAAAAAAAGGCAACGACAACCCAGCAAUUUUUUUCUUAAGAUGCUCAAGGUUUAAAUAUUAUCUCCACCUUGAUGGCCAAUGUUUUUCCUUCAUCUGUGUCUGCUUCCCUGGGAGAGUUUUGUUUCUCUGUUUGUUUCUAUAUGAAUUGUAGAUACUGAGCUGAAAAGUCCUCCUGUCCGGUACUGUAUGUUUGAGCCUAAGCAAUGUGAACUGUACAGACCAGCGGUGGGAACUGGGGGCCGGUGGCGGCGCCCGGGAGAGCCGUGGCUUGGGCCGGCAUUCCCGGUUGCUCUGGGGAGCAGGACGCACUGCGUCACGAGUUGGGAAAAUGAACUGUCUGCUGUGAAUUCUCGGUUGGAAAUGUGGAGAGGGGUUUCCAUUAGAUAAUGUUUACAUACCUCACCUGACGAACCUUUGAAAGUGUAUAUAAAAAAAAAAAGAAAAUAAAAUUAUAUUAAGUUGCUUUAAAUCAAUAUGUAUAGCUAUAAGAGCUGGGUCAUUUGAACUUUGAAUAUGUAUCGACUCUCUAAAUGUUGACAUUUUGUGAACUCUGUGCUCCUGUCUUUUAUUUCAUCUUAGCCUAUGGAAGAAUUUGUGUUCUUGUUCCAGGUAAAAGGUCCCUGACUCAGAUCUGAACUCCUCAAGGAUUCCCACCACCUUGUUUUCUUUUCUUUGCUGUCGAUAUUCACCCUAUGAGCUUUCUAAAGGUCCGUAUUUUAUUGCAGCUUAUUAAACAUUUCUUUGAUAUCAA